AUGGCGAUUGAUGAUAGAUUAUUGAAUGGUGUACAGUAUUAUCAUCGUGCAGACAAGCAGACGUGGUCUUGCCACUAUCUGGCUCUGAGUUCUGCUAAGGUCUGCACGUCUGUAACGCAACUCAUCUUUCAAGAAUUGAAUACGAGCAGGAUGAAAUUAUCACCGCGAAAAUAUCAACUAGAUCUUGCUGUGAUCGCGCAAGAAAGAAAUACAAUAGUCUAUUUAGAAACGGGUAGUGGGAAAACCUUGAUUGCUGUCCUUGUCAUUCGACAAUUGUACAGGGAGCUAUCCAAGAGCCUACAAGCAGGAGGCAAGAGAGCUAUUUUCCUAGUUAACACAGUCCCUCUUGUUCACCAGCAAGCCAAAUUUAUUGCCGAUCAAACUAGUUUCUGCGUUGGUAAACUAUUUGGUAAAUGUAAUAGUGAUAAACGUCGUUCCAAUUGGAAAGAUUUUUUCGAUAAAAACAACGUUAUAGUUGGCACACCGCAAACGUUAUUAAGACUUUUAGAAUUGAAUAUUGUCAACAUGCAGAUGAUCAAUUUGAUAGUAUUUGAUGAAUGCCAUCAUGCCACCAAACAUCAUCCGUAUAGCCGUAUCAUGGAUGCCGUAAAAGCACUCGAAGAACAGGGCAGACCUAAAAUUCUUGGUUUGACUGCAUGUAUAUUUAAAGGAGAAUGUAAACCGAGCAAAGUGCCCCAAAGGUUAGCAGAACUAGAGGAAAAAUUAUCAAGUACUAUCGCUAUUCCGGGUUACUUAACUUACAUCGAUAAAAACAAGACACCUCCAACAGAAUAUGUAAUCGAUUACGAAACCACAGAAACCUCUAUUUUUGAACAAGUAGAAGCGCUGUCAGAUUGUUCUUUCCUCUUGAAAGGAUUCGAUGCAAUGUAUUCCAAUUCUUUUGAGAGUAAAGCGCAACGUGAACAGCAAUCUACUUCAUUGCAACUUGUGUUGACAGCAUUUGACGAAGCUAUUCUCACAGUCAACACUUUUGGUUUACGUAUAUUUCCUUUGGUCGCCGAAAGUAUCGUGAAAUGUAUCAGAAAGGAAUUAAGGAUGUUUAGGGGAAAGGAUGGAAUCGAUUACAAACUUUCCGCUAGUAAUUCUUGGUUUCGGCCUGUUAUACGAAUAUUAGAAGCCAAACUUAGCACUAAGAUUGAUGAAUCCCACCCUUGUUAUACGUGUUCUCAUUUUGCCAAGUUAUUGGAUGUAUUGACCACCUUCAAAGAGCAAGAUACUGGUAUCAUCUUUGUCGAUAGAAGAGUUACCGCCUUCGUUUUACAUGAAUUACUCGUGCGAAUUUCACAUACGGAUCCCAAUUUAGCCCAUUUAAAUGUUGGUUGUGUCAUUGGCCGUAGUAGUAUCAAGAGCCAACUUUUAGGACAAGCGCAAAUGAGUCGAUAUGAGCAAGAAGAAGUGAUGAACCGAUUCCGAAGGCAUAAAUAUAAUUUAUUAGUUGCUACAAAUGUGCUGGAAGAAGGUGUCGAUGUAUCUGAGUGCAAUGUAGUUAUAAGAUUUGAUCGCGUCAAUCAUUUUAGUUCAUAUUUACAGUCUAGAGGGAGAGCGCGUGCUGACGACUCUUCCUAUGUACUGAUGAUCAAUCGAGAAAACCUUGAUGCAUUCAUGGAAGAAUAUAACUCGUGGCAUUCGGUAGAAAAAUUCCUACGUAGCUCACCAGAAUUGCUGAAUACUAUCGUUUCUGGCAUAAGCAAGUCCCUUUUCUCAAAUGAUAAUAGUACGACUGAUGCAAGCACAAUCAGCAGCAAAUUUGUCGUUGAAACUACCGGUGCCGAAGUUAACCUGUUUUCAGCUAUCAGUGUAUUGCUCAGGUACAGUCAAAGCAUGAUCAAUGGUAAAUCUCCUGAAUUUGAGUACGAGACGAAUGAUGAUCGGACUCGAGCUAAAAUAAAGUUGAUAUUUUCUAAUCCGCCCGAAAAAACUACCAUAGAGGGUCCAAUGAUGCAAAGUAAAAAAAUUGCAAAAAAAGCCUCCGCCUUAGAAGCAUGUAAAUUCCUUCAUGAAGUUGGUGAAAUUACCGAUAACUUGGAACCGAAUGUGGGAAAGUAUCAUCAGUCUAUUGAUAAAAGCCAGUAUAAGCAAUUUCCGAUUAAGUUCCCCGACAAUUUAUCGAUGCCAAUCGAGGAUGGUGAUAACUUCUAUCUUCACAUGAUUAAGAUUGAGCUAAAGAACAGCACAAUAGAGUCUAUUGAUACUGUCAGUUGUAGUUCGGACUUCGGAUUAAUAUGCAAGACUAAGUUACACGAGAUUGAGCCAACUUAUUUACAAACAUCGUGUGGCGACAUAUUAUUUUCGUUACAAUCACUGGCUGUCCCGAUGCACUAUUCAUGCGAUGAAUUAAGCCUUAUUUCGAAAUUUGUAGAGUAUUUAUUUACCAAUAUCACACCCUGUAGUACAAUAACGGACUUAAUCUACGAUCCUACAAACAGUUAUGCAAAAUACAUGAUUGUUCCUCUAAAUUACGCCAAGAGCAGCAGGUCUAUGUAUUCUAUAAAUUUUGAAUUAAUGGCAACGCUAUUGAAGCCACGGAAAUACUGGCCCUUUGCUAGUAAUCUCGGUGAUGGUUGCAAGAACGUUAAUGACCUCUUAAUAGUCAAAAAUUACGGCCACUGGGUUACGAACCAAGUCGACGUAUACGCUCUGCGAAACAUCUGCUACGACCUCUCACCGCUUUCUCGUUUUCCGACGGAUAAGCGACUUACUUAUAAAGCAUAUUACCAUCGCAAAUAUCACACCAGAAUUGAGAACUCAAAUCAACCUUUAUUCGCUGUUAAGACAUUGCAUCGAUUCCCUGUAGCUUUAGUGCAUGAAAAUUGCAUAUCCCCUUGUAAUAAUACUACUGAAAGUAAGAAAAGUAAUAGUGGUUUCGUACACUUAGUGCCUGAGUUAUGCCUUGUUCAUCCAUUUUCCGCAUCAAUGUGGAUGCUCUCACAGUUUUUACCUCUGACCUUAUACAAAAUAGAGAAGAAUUGUCUUGCUUAUGAGAUGAUCGAUUAUAUUCAGUGCGCAUCCAUUCUGAAGAAAGUAACGGAACCUCGAAGGAAAAAACUAUUGCUACGUGAAACAACCAACCUCGUGGAUCGUAUCACUCAGUCAUUAACCCUCCCUAUUGCAGAAGAGCAAUGUAAUUUUAAUAAGAUUAAAUAUAUAGGAAAAGUUUUUAUCAAAUUGGUUCUCGCUGUUAAUUUAUACCAAACCUGCCCUGAUGAUAAUUCCUAUGCUCUAACCAUGAAACGACGACAGCAAAGUAGCGAAUUUUAUCUGUUUAAUCUAGCUGCUAAGACAAAUAUUCCAUCCUAUAUUAUCAGCAAGCCUUUCAAUCAGUUAAAGUGUUGGAUUCCCCCUGGUUUUACUUUUAGCAUCCGUUGCAAGGAUGAUAGCUCUAGCGAUUCAGCCUUGGCUGAAAGGACGAUUAUAGAAUCGAUAACAGACAAUUUUUUAUCUGUUAAGUCAAUAGCGGAAUGCAUAUCUGCAAUUGUUGGAGCACUGUUAUUUCCUGAUAACGAAACUGAAGGCUUAAACUUUCUAAAAUGGCUUGGAUUUGCCAUUGAGCCAUUUUCCUCAAUCAGCAACGGUUUUGACGUCUGGAAUGAAAAGAUUACUCACAUGAUUGAAGAAUCUAAUUCCCAGUCGUGGUUAGAGAAACUACACAAAUUUGAGGAAAAUCUUGGAUACAAAUUCAUUAAUAUUGAUUACUUAAUUUUAGCCUUUACACAUUCAUCAAGCGAAUUUGGAGAUUCUUUUAAUUACGAAAAAUUAGAGUUCGUUGGUGAUUCGAUUUUGAAUUAUCUCGUUAUUAAAUACUUGUUUUUGGCAACAGAUCAAGACAUAACUAGAUCUAAAUUUUUUUAUGGUAUUGCUAUAUCAAAUGAGGUCUAUGGUUUAUUAUCUUAUGCAUAUAACUUUCACCAUCUAUUUUAUCAGUCCCCUUUCGUAAAGGAGAUGAUCCUUGGUUUUGAGAAGAAAACGGCCGAUUUACUUGAGGGAGGUUCUAUACCAAGAAAUGGCAAUAAGCACGAUUGGGUGUACACUAUUUUUUCGAAAUCAAUCGACGACGAUUUCAGUAUUCCAAAGGAACUUGCUGACGUUUUUGAAUCUUUAGCUGCAGCUAUUUAUUUUGAUAGUGGUCAAAAUCUUUCGACCGUAUGGAAUAUUUAUUCAAAUUUAUUAAAACCUUUUCUAGACAAGCUGCUGAAAGAUAAUCAAAAAAAUUUCCAAGAACUCAACGGUGAAGAUUGA